AUGGCAGAAAGUGACGACAUUCAGGAGGCUCGACCGGGAGGGUUCCCAGUCAAGUACAAGGACAAUGAUGGGGAUUCACAAGCGCAGACCAAGGUUGAGACUCGGGGAACAGCUCACAUCGACGACAUUGAAUUCCUUCCCCCAACUCCACCCGUCCACAACGUGCCGGGGGGAGCGGGCACGUAUGCCGCACUUGGGGCUAGGCUCAUGUCUCCCCCGCCCCUUUCAUCUUCAAUAGCCUGGAUCGUCGAUGUGGGAACGGACUUUCCGCCUCAUCUCACCACGAUCAUAGACGCUUGGGAAACGUCGGUGGUGCUCCGCCCCAACGAGGACCGACUCACCACUCGCGCCUGGAAUGGGUACAAGGCCGUGGGAAAGCGAGAUUUCAAAUACAUGACUCCCAAGCGCCGCAUCAACGCCGAGGAUCUCACUCCAGCCCUUCUCUGUGCCAAAUCUUUUCACCUUGUCUGCUCCCCCGCUCGGUGCCAGGAAAUCGUCGCAGGCAUCAAGAAAUUGCGCAAGCAGAGCUCACGGCCCGAGGAGUAUGUCAGGCCCUUCAUCAUCUGGGAGCCAGUCCCCGACAAGUGCACGCCCGAAGAGCUUCUUGCGUGCACGAACACCCUGCCUGUCGUGGAUAUCUGCAGCCCCAACCAUACCGAACUGGCGGGCUUCAUGGGUGAUGACGGGCUAGACCCCAUUACGGGAGAGAUAUCAACGGCUUCCGUCGAGCGCCAUGCCGAGCAACUCCUCGCCAGUCUCUGCCUCCAGUCUUUUACACUGGUAGUUCGAGCAGCGGAAAAGGGUUGCUACAUAGCACGCAAUGGCGGCAGAAGAAGAAGAAAAGAUACUCAAACCGGCCUUAAACGAUCCAAGAAAGAGCUUCCGCACGGUGGGCUGCGCCCGGAUAUCGACAUGGAGGCCUUAUUUGCUGGGCUCAUGCAGGAUGAAGACGGAUCUAUAGCCAGGGAGGAGAUCGAAGUUGAUCCGGGAGUUGAAAGGUGGAUACCUGCAUACCAUCAGGAUCCCGCAAAGGUUGUGGACCCUACAGGAGGCGGGAAUGCAUUUCUCGGCGGCCUUUCCGUUGCUCUAGCGAGAGGUAAAAGUAUCGAAGAAGCCGCAGUCUGGGGCACCAUUGCAGCCAGUUUUGUCAUAGAACAGGUAGGGCUGCCGGUGCUAGAGAAAGAUCAAGACGGUCAUGAAAGAUGGAACGGGGUCAGGGUAGACGAGAGGUUAAAGGAGUUUAGACAAAGGUUGGAGAAGCAAGGUAUCGUGGUCUGA